CCCAUUCACAGGCCGUUUCCACAUAGCCGACCUUGAGAGAGCUGCGGGUCCGGGGAAGUCAGCACCACGCCCCGUUGCAUCUCGACAGGGAAGUCCCCGCCCACAUGGGGCCUGUCGCCUAGGACUUGUUCUCAGACUGGCACUGGUAGACUCUGUGGCCAUUUUGGAUGAGGGCUAGAAGACAAUGACCUAGAAAGACCGGUGACGUAACCCUGGGCACAACCGCUAGGGAGCCUAGCUCGUGAGACCCCACUGCCACCAUUUUUAUGCAGGCAACCUCAAGUCCUGAUUAUGUACCUGCUACUUUCAGUUUUCAAAUUUUACCUACAUUAGGGUGCGCACGGAACCGGUUUCUGUCCCUUCUCGGCCCUGGUAUCCGAGCGCGGACACCUGGGGCUGGCUCUGGACUGGCCCGGGCCCGAGCCGGGGGAGGGUCCCCAUGGCACAGCCACUUGCCCCGGGAAGGUCCUCGGCUCGGGCCGCGUUCGGGAAGCCCGGGGCGGUGAGCUUCGCGGACGUGGCCGUGUACUUCUCCCCCGAGGAGUGGGGGUGUCUGCGGCCGGCUCAGAGAGCCCUGUACCGGGAGGUGAUGCGCGAGACCUACGGUCUCCUGCGCGCGCUCGGAGGCGGAGGCACCAAGCCAGCGCUCAUCUCCUGGGUGGAGGAAGAGGCCGAACUGUGGGGACCCGGUGCCCAGGAUCCAGAGGUGGCCAUGUGUCCGACAGAAGCUGACUCAGAUUGCAGACAGGAGGAAAGGAAGAGACCAAGGGAAGAGACUGAAGCAACCCAGAAGACGUUUUCUACACAAGCUGGGCCAAAGGAGCCUCAUCCCUCCUUUGUUGGACCCCCUCGCAACUUGGAGCUGUUGCCCAAGGACCCUCACCCCCCUCCUGGUGUCCACGGCACUGUCCCAAGAGCAGAUCAGCGUCAUGGCUGCCGUGUGUGUGGGAAGAGUUUUGCCUGGCGGUCCACAUUGGUGGAGCACCUGUACACCCACACUGGUGAAAAGCCGUUCCGUUGCCCUGAUUGCAGCAAGCCCUUCGGUCGAGCUUCCUCCCUGAGCAAGCACCGGGCCAUACACCGAGGGGAACGGCCACAUCGCUGUCCCGAAUGUGGCCGGGCCUUCACUCAGCGCUCUGCCCUCACCACCCAUCUGCGUGUCCACACUGGGGAGAAGCCCUACCGCUGUGCUGAUUGUGGGCGCUGCUUUAGCCAGAGCUCUGCGCUCUAUCAGCACCAGCGGGUACACAGCGGCAUGACCCCCUUUCCUUGCACAGACUGUGGCAGAGCCUUUGCCCAUGCCUCAGAUCUUCGGCGCCAUGUGCGUACCCACACGGGUGAAAAGCCUUACUCAUGCCCUGACUGUGGACGCUGCUUCCGCCAGAGCUCUGAAAUGGCAGCCCACAGGCGGACCCACAGUGGCGAGCGUCCCUACCCGUGCCCUCAGUGUGGCAGGUGCUUCGGCCAGAAGUCCGCAGUGGCGAAGCAUCAGUGGGUCCAUCGGCCAGGAGCUAGGGGCCAUAGGGACCGAGAGGCCAGUCAGUUAUCUAUAUCCCCAGCCACAGGCCAAGGGGAGCUGGAUCCGCCUGUGGACUUCAGGCACUACCCAGAGAUAUUCCAGGAGUGCGGGGAAUGGUCUUAAGAGCUCCAUCAUAGAAGGUGAAAUACACACACUGUCGGAAGCUCAGAGGCUUGAAUCUCUGGCAUCCUCCCGAAGUCACAGAAGUUCUAGCAAGGGCUGGUCCUGGGGACAGAGUACAGUCUUGUGGGUGAUUACCAGAAGCGUUUGCACACACACACUGAUCCCACUGCCCUGGGCUCUGAGUCUACUGGGCCAGAGUGGGAAACCCACUAGAACUCCAUGUGAGAGGAAAGGGCAGUUUUCAGAAGUAUUGACAGGCUUGAGGUUGAAGAGAACCUUGUUUAGGCCACUGCCUCUUUAAUGCGGAGGCUAAAGUUGAUGGCUCUGUGUGAACCAAGCCAGCUGCAUUUUCAGGGGCUAUUAACUUUGGUCAAGAGCUGCGUGUGAUGGUGCAUGCCUAUGACCCGAGCACUUCAGAGUAGAGACAGGAAGGUCAGGAACUUGAGACCAGCUUGGGUUACCCGAGACUCCAUCUAAGGUAAAUAAAUAACAAGUGGAAUUAAUUGAGGUUUAAAUUCAAAGUAUUUCACACACUAAAGAAGGUCCAAGUCUUUAGCUUCUUUUGGAAAAACAACAACAACUCCAAAAGAUUCAGUCAAGCAAACAAGGCAGAAGUUCUGGGUUCUGUACCCAGCACUGCAAGUAUUGGGUGUGUUGUCACAUGCCUAUAAUUCUGCCACUUGGUGUUUGGAGGCAGGAGGUUCAGAAGUUCAAGGCUGCCCUCAGUUACACACACACACACACACACACACACACACGUGUGAGGGGAGGCCCAGCAGGUAAGGGUUGCAACUCCCAUGACUAGAUUUCAGUGGUGGAGGGAGAGAGACAGUUCUUGAAAGGUGGUGGUAUUUAGCUUUUUCUGAACCAAAGAGUUUGUGUAUAAAUGGAUGGCAGAAGGGAAAUAGACACAAAGCUUGCAAGCUUUAUUUCAGUUCUUCCCUUGGAUUCUCUCCUGUGGCUCUCAAAGUACUUUCUUGCCUGUUGUCUUGUUUACCUCCCCUAACUGCCUGGGGAAGGAAGCAGUUGGAAGAGGAAACCUCCUCAGGAAGAGGCGCUAGGGGCCAGUUAUCUGACCCUACACCAACUGGGCACUUUGCCGUGUUCACGCUGCCCUCACCACCAAUCUGAUGCCCACCCAGGAGAGGCCAGCAGCUUCUGAAUCUGGAGAGAAAGGACCUGAAAGCUUUGUCCAGUCUGGGAACACCCUGGGCUAGGCCUUUGUAGCCACUCUUAGACACAGGUAGGGGUCUCCUCACCUGUUUGAGCUGGAGGAGGUUUUAGCUCUUCUGCCCCUUUAGGUCAAAGACAGAUUACAGCAGGCAGAGCAACAUGCGUAGGGUUUACAGUCUACUGAUGUCUUUUUAAAAUGUGUAUGUCCGUGCACGUAUGCACAUGUGUGUGCAGAUACCUGUAGAGGCCAGAAGAGGGCAUUGAGUCCCAUGCAACUGGAGCUACAGGCAACUGUGAGCUGCCUGAUAUGGGUGCUGGGAACUGAACUCUGGUUCUCUGGAAGAGCAGCAAGCGGUGUUAUCCUGUGAGUGGCCUCCUCAGUACACCUUUUAAGAGACAUCUCGGUAUCUGUUGCCCUGAAAACCCAAGCUCAAAAGAUUCUUCUCUCCUAGCUUCCUGGCAGCUGAGACUAAGUGGAAUGUUAGCUUCACCCCUGCAGUCUCAUCUUAGCAAUGAUGAGUUCCUGCCAGGAGGACCUGUGAGCCAAGUCCUGGGGGUCUGUGGCCAGAGGGUCACAAAUUCAACACUAUCUGGGCUUCGGUCCCAAAACAUGUCUGUACAUACUACUCAUCCAGAGGAACUGAGUUCAAUUCCAGCAACAUUCCUGGUGGCUCAUAUUUGCCUGUAACCCUCGCUCUGGGCCAGAGCCUCUGCAGGUACUUGUACUCACGUGCACAUACUUACAUGUAAUUAAAAAUAAUAAUAGCUAAAACAACAGAAAAAGGGGAGGGCUUGGGAAGAUAGUUGCCGGUAAAGUACUUUCUAGAUCUGGAGAAAUCAAAUUCACCCCCAGCAGCCCUAUAUAUCAAAGCUGGGCAGCAGAUGGAGUGUCCCUGGAGCUCAGCACCAAGCCCGGCCAGCCUAACUGGUGAGCUCCAGAACAACGGGAGACACUGUCUCAGAGAAGGCAUUUCCUGAGCAUGGUGCCUGAGGUCACAUACGUGCACACACCCACACACGGGGCACUCACAUACCCUCAGAUAUGCCUUCACACUCUAUCAUUACUAUUGUAUAUUCAUACAUGUGGAUGUCAGGACAGUUUCCCGGCUGCCCAGACCCGAAUAAUCACACAGAUACUAUGUUGAUUACAACACUGUUUGGCCAAUAGUUCAUGCGUAUUCCUAGCUAGCUCUUACAUCUUAAAUUAACCCAUUUCUAUCAAUUUGUGUAUCGCCACGAGGCUGUGGUCUACCGGUGAGGUUCCUAAGGUUCCCACAUGUCCUUCUCCUUCGGCAGCUAUGUGGCGUCUCCCUGACUCCAUCUACUCUCUCGCUAUUUCCUGCCUGGCUUUACUCUGCUCACGAUUGGUCAAAACAGCUUUAUUCAUUAAUUAAUAAGAGCAACAGUUAUACAGAAGGACUUCCCACAUCAGACAGUUUUGGAGAGUUGUAGAUGCUGUAUCAAGUUCAUGCCAUCAGGGGUGCAGAGCGAGCUCAUAUUUACCGGCAGAGUCAUCUAGACAACCUAAACUUACAAUUUAAAAAACUUAUAUUUUGGCACCUGAGAAUGUUAUUUUAUAAAACAUUUUUUAAUCAUUGCAAACCACACAUAGUCACUAUCAUUUGUAUUAUACACUUUCCAAGAUUGAAGCCUGGAGUUAUGAUGCAAGUCCUAUUGGUUAUUUUGUGUGCAUGUGUUGAGGAUUGUACCCAGGGCCCUAUGGACUCUGCAUUGUAUGACCGAGUGUCCUCAGCCUGGAUUUGUAGCUCUUUAAUGUGAAGCCACUCACUUCAAGGGCUGGCGAGAUGAGUUCCUUGCAGAGGACCUGGGUUCGAUUCCCAGCACCCACAUGGUGGCUCACUACCAUCCACAACUCCAGUUUCAGUGCUCGCAUCUGACCUCUGAGAGCACAAGGCACACUCCUGGUACACAGACUGACCUACAAGCAAAAUAAUAAAUAUAUAAAAAUAAAUUGUUCAUUUAAUCAGGAUGUGAUGGAGUCUGGCUUCAGCACUGGGAAGGCUGAGGCAGGAGGAUUUGAAUUCAAGGCCAAUCUGCACUACAGAAUGAGACCUGUCGCAAGGAAGUCAGUCAUUUGGAGCCAGAGUUGUGGCUCUGUGUUAAACCCUUCUCAGCGUGUGGGUGGCCCUGGCAUAACAAAAAGGAAAAAUCUGCUGGGUGUGGUGGCACCCGCCUUUAGUCCCAGCACCCAGAGGCAAAGGCAGGCGGAUAUCUGUGAGUUAGAGGCCAAAGGCUGUAUUAUCUUUCUCUAGCCAGUACUGGAUUCUCUUCUUGAUUUUAUUAUCUUGUUUGCCCGCAUUCUUGCCCAUUCCAUAUUGCAUAAUGGAGAGAUGAAGGAAUGAUAAUGGAUAUUAUGAGGAUGCUUGUAGGGCUCCUGCGGAGUCCCCACGGCAAACGCUAUUGCGUCAAGAUCUGAGCCAACGCUCUGCCGUGAGUUCCCAGAGCGUAUUCUAUCUGCUCGUUACUCACUUAGCCAUGAGCUCAGUUAUGCUAUCGGAUCAACCUCCAUGGGAUUGCAACUAAUUUUCAUCUUACUGAUUAAUGACCCUAAAGCCCAGGGUAACGAUGUUGGCAACUCAUAUGCCAGACAGAAGCCGUAGAGUGCUUGCUUUAAACAAGGAGAUGAAGCUGUUGACUUAACAUAGAAAGAAAACAUGUAAGAUUAAGGUCAAUGACAACCACCCUCUAUGUCGCUAUGGCAACACACACCUCUCAGCUCAGCACUUAGGAGGUCCCAGGCAGGAGGGUCAAGAAUUUGAGGUCAGGGGCUAGAGAGAUGGCUCAGAAGUCAAGAACACCUGUUCUUGCACAAGACCCAGACUCAAUUCCCAUCACCCAUAAUAUGGUUCAUAACCAUCUGCAACUCUUGUUCCAGGGGAUCUAAUGCCUUCUUUUGACCUCCUUGGGCACCACACAUGCACUUGGUACAAUACAUGCAAACAAAACCACUUACACAUAAAAUAAAUGACUAAAUCUAAUUCAAAGCAAAAUAAAAAUACAGCUAGCUUCAGUUACAGAGAGAGUUAGAGGCUUGGGCUAAAUAAGACUUUAUCUAAAAAAGGGGGCAGGGACCAGGAAGAUAGUUUAGUGGUAAGACUGCUUCUCGAAUAAGCAUGAGGAUCUGAGUUCGAAUCCUAGACCUUCCUACUUACGAUCUUUCCUGCAGGAUGGAAUGUCUCAAUACUGGGGGAAACUUCUACACAGCAUGUGGCUAACAAUCUUUUUUUUUUUCAGUUUCUUAAAACAGGGCUGUUCUGUGUAACUGCCAUGGCUGUACUGGAACUCACUUUGUAGACCAGGCUGGCCUCAAAUUCACGGAGAUCCUCCUGCCUCUGUCACCUGAGUGCUGGGACCUGUCUCAAAUAAGGAAAGGAAGGGGAAGAGAUCUAAGAAAGGAAAUAAAUAAAACUCACAACCACAGCAGCCCAGCCUCUGGGAUGCUGCCAAUGCUGGGCACAAAAACAAUGAGUGUAACACAACACCGCCUGGACAGAAGAAAGAGGAAAAACCUCAUCUUAACUGAGGUUGGAAACUUCUUAAGCUUUUUGAUGACUUAGUUAUUUUUAUGUUAUGUGCAUUUGUGUUUUGCCUGUAUGUGUGUCUGUGUGAAGGUGUCAGAGCCCCUGAAACUGGAAUUACAGUUGUGGACUGCCUUGUGGGUGUUGGGAAUUGGGCAUGGGUCCAUCUGGAAGAGCAGUCAGUGCUCUUAACCACAAGGCUAUCUCUCCAGUCCCUCUUUUAAAGGUUUUGGUAGUGAAACAGAUGUUAGGUCCGGCACAGGCAUGAUCAAUGAACAGCUACUUAAGGAACUAGAAAUAGCAUAGGGUAAUUCAGCCCCCGUGCCUGACAGCAGAAGCUAAGUUCUGAUCAAUGUUUCAGCCUUUAAGAUCCUUACCAGCGGUGUGGUUUUUCAUACCUUAGAGACCUUAGUCUACUCGCAGUCCAGGAAUUACAUUUUGUGCACAUGGAUGCCAAAUGUUUAAGGUCCCAGAGUGUCCAGCAACCUCAUUUUUAGGACCUGAUAAAGAUGGGGUUGAGUGGGAGGGAGAGACUGAGGCUGGGACAGAUCUUCUUGCUGGCUAGCUCCCGUGGUGCUGAGAGGUGCCAUCCAGGCUGCUCGGGGAGAAUGAUGGCCAAUAGUCUGCUCUAUUUCCCUUGCUGUGAUAAACAAUGUGACCAAAGGCAGCUUGAGCCCCUUACAGCUUACCUAAAUUCAUCAUGGUUCAUCAUGUAGGGAACCCAGGGCAGGAACUCAAGGCAGAGACCUGGAGGCAGGAACUGAAGCAGAGGCCCCAGAGAAAGCCGGUUUACAGCCUUGUUCUCCGUGUCUUGUUCAGCCUGCUUUCCUAUUCCACCAAGGCCACCUGCUCCAGGUUUGCACCACUCACAGUGAACCGUGUGGAGAACUGGACCGACCCAGGACUUUCUCAGAGGCCCUGAUGAAAGAUCAAAGGGGACGUUAGCUCUGUGCCCUUGUCCAGGAACAGACUUGGCAAGGCCAGUCUGAGGCUGGAGACUGUGAUUGGAAGGUGUCAAAGUAGCAGCUUCUGGGAGCCUGAAUUUUCCCCCUAGGCUGUGGUUAUCAGUCCCUAGGCAGCUGUGUCUGAGGUAUAUCCUAUGUUCUCUUUGCCAAUACUGUCUGACUUAGCUCUCUGCUGACCUUGGCUGUCUCCCUACCCCCAUCCCUGCACAAAUAGUAUAUAUGAUGCUAUAUGUUUUUCUUCAAGAUAGGGUUUCUCUGUGUAACAGCUCUGCUGUCCAGGAACUCACUCUGUAGACCAGGCUGGCCUCAAACUCACAGAGAUCCGCCUGCCUCUGCCUCCUGAGUGUUGAGAUUAAAGGUGUGCACCACCACAUCUGACAAUGUUAUACUUCUUAAUAAACUUGCUUGGCAUAA